AUGCCGAUAACAUUCUGUCGUAUCCACGUUGUAAACGUGCAUGCCUGUAGCUGUAUACCAAAGUCGGGUGUUCGUGGAGUGUUGGACGAGCUGGUGGAGUUGGGAGCAAUAGACCUCACUGCUACUGGUGAUAGAUGGCUCGAUGAGUUACAGGCCAAGGAGCAGAAGGACUUUGAGCUCCAGAAGGAACUCGGUGAGAACAACUGGAUGGUCAGUCGAGUCGCUUUGGUGUACCAAGACCAAGUACAGAGGACCACUGGCGAUAGGGAUAUCACUCAUGUGCUGAAAGUGCCCGCUCCGAGAGACGCUAUUAUCACUUGGUGGAUUAACCUGCAUAAGGAGAUGGGCCGGCCAUUCACGCACAACAACAACGCCUUGAAUGCAGAUGAGGUCGUGCCAGUAUACUCUCCCGAAGGUCAGUGUAUCGGUGCAGUAGUGCGAUGGACCAUUACCUACCACAAGUCGUUUAGAUGCACCUAUCUGGUCAUUCGUAAUAAACCCACUGGUAAAUACUAUGUCCAGCAGCGAACUGAUAUCAAGGACUAUAUGCCGGGACGAUGGGAUCCCGUUCCUGGUGGUACUAUGGGUGUUGGAGAGACCCCUGAGGUGAAUGCUCAUCGAGAGCUCAAGGAGGAGAUGGGCAUCGACAUCGCGGAAGGCGACUUUAAGAAGCUCUUUGUUCAGGUUUCUCAUGAAGCACCUCUACGCGUUUUUGGUCAUGUCUUCUUGUGUGAGACCGACCUGCCGGUGGAGUCUCUCAAACUGCAGGAGUGCGAGGUGAAACAGUGCAAGUUGAUGACUGAAGAUGAAAUUAUGGCGAUGGAUACUUCGGAGGUCGUUCCGGACAGCAUGGUGGUCUUCCGUCGCUAUCUACAACAACAGCAGCAGGAAUCAUCAUAA